AUGGAUUACAAUCAUAAUUUUGCGCCUCCCCCCUUUUCUUCAGUCCGCAAUGGAGGUUUCAGACAUGCUAUGACUGAUCUCUACCAUCCCACCUUCCCAUCCCAGACCAGUCGAGUGCCUACAAGUGGAAAUGCCUCUGCUUUCCUACCGCCACUGGAAAAUCCUCAAACUACUGAGACUCCAUCGCAGAUGGAUACGAUGAUGGCUACGAGAACUGGCACCUUCCAGUCAUGGAUCCAAAACAUUGAUGAUUGUCAUAAAGUUAAUAAGAUAUACCUUCAGAUUCAUAACAGGCCUGAAUGGGAUCAUUCCGAAUUCCCAUCUGAUGCCAAGAAGCAGCAGGAACUCGUGAAGAGACUCUUUGACGCAGCGAAUGACUGCAGCAAUAUAUUCGAACCUGAAGGCUCUAGAGGCCUCAAGCGCAUUCAACAGAGAACAUAUUCUGAUUUGGAGUUUGAGCUGGUCCUCUGGCCUUUACUGAUGUCAAUACACGAUGCACAAGGGGGACGGUGUAACCUCCCCAACUAUCAUUCCUCUACAGCAUCAGUAUAUAAUGUGUAUAACACAUUCAAAGAGAGGUUCGAUGGAGUUUGCGAGGCUUUAAAGUCUUCGAAAGAUAUCGUUGUAUCCCUUUUCCAGGAUGAAAUCUUCAAGCAUCGUCUUGCUUGGCGACCCAAGUCGGAACUCGCGCAAAAAGCCGCGAACAGGAAGGUUAACAGUCAUCGAUCUACCAAGGUUUCAAUUGGUUCUCGCAUUAUUGUUGAGAACGAUAUCAAGGCUACGGCAGAUGGUAAACUAGUUGAUCGAGACGGCCAGACCUACGGCAGCGUUCCGAAACAGACCGCUACAUUUGAAAGUAGAGCAAAAAGACCUCGCCGCGAUAUUACUGGAGAGCAAGCAGAGUUCUCAAGCGACAGUUCCUCGGCACAGAGGGCAAUCUCCAUCAAUAACGCUGGCAACCCAGAAGUUCUUGAAGAGACUUCUCACCAGAACUAUACGUAUCAAGCUCAACUUGUAUCACAACAAUCCCUGGUCCACCCGACGAGGUUUCCUCCAAAUAACACGGAUGCGGGCAAAUUCAGCCAAACAGCUCAGAGUGCGGAAGGCGCAUAUAGCGAUCAGUCCAUGGGCUCCGAUGACCAUGAUCUCUGGUCUCCAUUCCGCAAAAAUGGGGACUCGGUUUAUCCCCCGCUCGAUGGCUGAUAUCGGUAUGAAUACCUACCUAGUGUAGUACCUACUAAUGUAGGUAUGAAUAAAAAGGGCGAUGUGGACGUGGAUACAUUCCAUGUUCGGAACAGGUUUGCCGGGUAGACGUUAUGUA